AUGACAUUCCGAGCAAAACUGUGACAAAGGUGGCUUGUAAUCAAAGACCAGUGUGAUGUGAUGUAAACAACUCGGGGAAAAAGCUAAUACUAGAUCAUAGAUUAAUCGCCAGUACGACCUGAUGAACGUAAGAGUACGUGUUCCCUGAAACAGUCGUUGAUAAUUAAUUCUAAACCAGUGCGUUGAAGUUUUUUUACGUAUAUAUACAUACAAGACUCGGUGGUUGAACUUGAACUGAGACAAAGAACGGCCAGUUUCUGUUUAUUAAUGAUCCGUGAUCUCACAGAAGUGCUCUGUCAGAUAUGAAAGCAGUGCUGUCCUCGGACGUUUAAUGGCAGUCGUGUGUUUAUUUAUCAUCUGCAGAGACAGCUGACAAUGCAUUAGAGAUGUGUAGCAAAGCCUGACAUUGGCAACGACAUCUACGUAGUUCCCUAACACAGUCGCAGACUACAGUAUUUAUUCAAGUUGCAAAGCACGAAGGAACACGAUGUUCUACCGCAGCAUUUACUCUCUUCUCAUUUUUGCCACUCUGUUAGCCGCUCCUAAUUAUGCGGCCAAUAACUACAGAGCUGUUGUACUCAUUCAUGGAGUCCUCACUGGAAGCGAGAGCAUGGAGUUGAUAAGCAAUCGAAUACAAGAGAUGCACCCUGGCACCCAGGUAUUUAAUACGGUAAGGUACGCCGGAUGGAGCAGCCUGGAGCCUAUGUGGCGUCAAGUGGAAGAGAUCGGGGGUGACAUUAUGGCAAUUGGCGCCGCGUUUCCCGAAGGAAUAAAUCUGCUCGGGUACAGUCAGGGCGGCCUCUUGGCCAGGGCAAUCCUGCAGAAAUUUCCCGACCACAAUGUCAGAAAUUUUAUUUCGUUAAGUUCUCCGCAAGCUGGGCAGUUUGGAACUCGAUUUCUGCACCUGUUCUUCCCAGAUCUGGUAUGCGAAACUGCCUAUGAACUGUUCUACUCAAAAGUAGGACAGCGGACUAGUGUUGGCAACUAUUGGAACGACCCUCAUCAUCAGGGAUUGUACUAUAACUACAGCAGAUUUUUGCCAUAUGUGAACAACGAAAAAACCAGUUCAUUGACUGACGAUUUCAAACUUGGCAUCACAAAGUUGCGUAAGAUGAUUUUAAUCGGGGGACCUAACGAUGGGGUUAUCACUCCGUGGCAGAGCAGUCAGUUCGGAUAUUAUAAUGUCAAUGAAACCGUGGUCGAAAUGAGAGAUAGGGAUAUUUACAUAAAGGAUAUGAUAGGACUGAAAACUCUCGAUAAACACGGGAAGUUGAAGACGCACGUAGUGCCAGGAAUUUCGCAUUUUGAAUGGCAUAGAAAUACGUCGAUUGUAGAUGAUUAUAUAUUACCGUACCUUGAUUAAAACUCAUUAAAAUAAUAGCUCAAGUUAGAAAUUUAAUGGAAUACUUUUGAUUAAAAAAUGUUUUCAUGUAAGAAAAUACUCUCUAAACGUGAAAACGAUUGAAUGCGAGUUACAUUUAUCUGGAAUUAUCUAAGGAGAUGAAAAAUGGUGCAAAAAUAAAAAUCUAUUUUUUUAGUAAUGAACAGGUAUCAUUAACCCUCACAAGUUUUAACGAAUUGUCGUAAUGUCUAAUAUCAGCAUGAUCACGUGGGACACAUCCGAGUAAAUGACUAGAGGAGUAGGCGAAUUACCAAAAUUUUUCUUUAAAAUACUAAUUAUUCGAUUCCAUCCAUUUUUUUUCAAAGUUUAUACGUUAAGGUAUGUUCACUAAUCGGUUGAUCUAAAAUAAAAAACUUCUUUUUUAUUAACGAAACGGUGAACGUUUCGACUUUAUCGUUCAUUUUCGGCCUAAAUUUAACACCUUUUUUGAACCAUAAAAAAAAUAAAUAAUUGAAUUAAAAUAAAACCCAUAGGCAGCGAACGAAACAAAAUGUACAAAAAUAUUGUGUCCAAAUCUGGUAAAAAUUGGUCGUGCCGUUUUCGGGAUGUCCUAGCCACGGACUCGGAAACGUAGUUUCGAGAUAAUCGAGUUCGAAGUUCGACGAAACGGCCGCAACUUCUACAAUUCUUCGAAUUUCAUUAUGCAAUUUACACACAAAAUUCUUCAUACUUCAAACUUUCAGGAACGCGAAUAAAAAGAAAAUUGAUUUUUUAAAUAUUUUACUCGGAUGUGCCCCCUUAAUAUAGUAGCUAUUCACGUGGGUUUGACUGCAGAUCGUCUUUUUAUCGCAUUUCUGUAGUGAUUUUUUUAAAAGGCGUAACGCGAGGUUUUCAAUUUUUUUUACUGAUAUAGGCAUGUGUCGUGUAAUUCGUGAUCAACUGAAUUUAGAAUCUUGGAAAACUCACUAGCAUUGUACAUACAUAAUGCCGCUGUUAUAAAAGCGUAAAAUAACAACCUGAAACAAUCUAAAUUAUAAAAUUCUGAUAUUACAAAGGCUUAUAAGAGAGUUCAUACAGAGUUGCUGAUUGUUAUGAAUUAUAGCAUCAAACAUUUGUGUACAAUAAUUAUAGCGUAAUUGUUAAAAAUAAUGCAAAAAUAUAUAAACAAAUAAUUGUUUAUUCUCAUGUAAGUGAAGCGACUGAAUAAAAAUAAGAAAAAACAAUACAAAAUGUAAACCCAGCACUCUUUUGUCACAAAAACCGAAAAAAAUCUGCACAAAUCAUCAAGAGUCAAUUUUCCAUAUUUAGGAGUUAGCUAAUUGUAAAACCAUAUUUCAAUUACUCUUGCCGCAAUUUUCUUCAAAGCAACAGACCGCUUGGCAUCUACCGAGUACAAAAAACGAUCGUUGAGCCAAAACGAUAUUCCAAGUGCUCCAACGGCAGCCAUGUUGGUUUCACUUCAAAUUCUCAAUUCACGGGUAAAAUCUGAUCGUCGAAC